GUCAUCAAACAGGGUCGGGGGAGACCCCAGGUCAGGGUUCCCGCCCCAGAGGUAGAAAACACGUGCACUGCGCGCGCAGAGGCGAGGUGAACAAGCGGAAUACAAUGACCGGCGAGGGAAGAUGAGGAAUGGCUUUUCCAGUCCUUUCAACGAAUUCUCGCCGGACGUAAUCGGCUGUUCAGGGCCUACAUGGGCUACAGAGACUCUGCUUCAAAAAACGAAAAAGGCCAGAUGGCGCAGGCGGAAGGAGUCUAUCAUCGCCCGCUGGCGACGUCGCGGUUGGAGUUGAACCUGGUACGGCUGCUUUGUCGCUGUGAGUCGAUGGCGGCAGAAAAACGAGAACCGGACGAGUGGCGACUGGAGAAGUAUGUGGGUGCCCUGGAAGACAUGCUGCAGGCCCUGAAAGUUCAAGCAAGUAAACCGGCCUCAGAAGUGAUCAGCGAGUACUCCCGCAAAGUGGACUUUCUGAAGGGCAUGCUGCAGGCUGAGAAGUUGACCUCCUCCUCUGAAAAAGCUCUAGCUAACCAGUUCCUGGCUCCUGGCCGCGUGCCCACCACAUCCAAGGAGCGGGUUCCUGCCACCAAGACUGUCCAUUUGCAGUCUAGGGCACGUUACACCAGUGAGAUGCGGAGUGAGCUGUUGGGCAUGGAACCAUCUGGAGAAUGUGAGGUGGACAUGAGGAAGCGAGCUGCGAAGGGGACCAGACCUGCAGAUGAGAGGCAGUCAGCAUCCGAGCUAGACCUCGUCCUCCAGAGGCACCAGGGCCUCCAGGAAAAGCUAGCUGAGGAGAUGCUAGGCCUGGCCCGAAGCCUCAAGACCAACACACUGGCUGCCCAGAGUGUCAUCAAGAAGGACAAUCAGACCCUGUCACAUUCACUCAAGAUGGCAGACCAGAACCUGGAGAAGCUGAAGCUGGAGUCGGAGAGGCUGGAGCAGCAUGCACAGAAGUCAGUGAACUGGCUGCUGUGGGCCAUGCUCAUUGUCGUGUGCUUCGUGUUCAUCAGCAUGAUCCUGUUUAUCCGAAUCAUGCCCAGGCUGAAAUAAAACAAGAAAGCCUGCACACCAAC